GGUAAUCCGAAAGUUUCACUUCCGUUUAUUUUGGUUACAGGUGUCAACAAUGUACAUGACGCACACUGAAAAUAAAAUAAACACGACAUUUCUCUACAGCAUUUAAAUGCCUGUUUUCAUUUCGAUUUGGAAUAUAUUGUAGACGUGAUGCUUAGAUACUGAGAAAAUGUCUGGCCUGUUUCGCUGUGCAGGUGACAUUUUGUUUGAUGAUCACCAACCUCUACCUGGACAGAUUAGCAAUGUUCAGUUGAAGAAGUUUUCUGAGACAAGCAAUUUUCUACAACUGAAGCAGCCACUUACACGAGAACAUCCAUAUUUUUUUGCUCAAAUCAGGUCAUUGGCACAACACAGUUGUAUAACACUGGGUAUAGCUGGUCCUGACAUAGAUAAUGAUGCCCAUCCUGGACAUUGGAACAACACUGUCGGUUUCCAUAGUGAUACAGGAAAAUGUUUUUCCUCACAUAAUAGCUCUGCUAACACAAAAGGAGAGAAGUUUUCAAUUGGAGAUAUGUUUGGGGUGAUGGUGACCUACUUUGGAGAGACUAUGUCAACUGUUCUGUUCAUCAAGAAUGGUAUUCCAGUUGCAACUAGGUAUUUAUUUGAGCCAGAUUCCAGCAAGUUCUUGCCAACGUUAUGCCUAGAGAAUGGACCAAUAGAUUUAGGUAUCAUGUGGCCGCAGGCAGCUAUUGGAAUACCGAAAUUUGAUGAGAGAAACAUGCUUAAUUGGAUUAAGGACACUGGGGUAAAUUAUGAUCCAGCUAAGAACAUGUUUACAUAUGACAAGAAAGAGCUUGAGGUCACGUUACAAAGUCCGGUUCCUCUUACCAGAGAUUUAGUUCACUAUGAGAUGAUAGUGAUGGAAACAUCUGAUGGUGAAAGUCCUGCCGUUGGUCUAGCGACAUGCAGCCCAUUGAUACCAACUCCAACAUGUGUUCUUCUUAGAGAUUUCUUUAGAUGGAAAGCUGAGGGGAAAGACUUGAAGUGUCACGUAGGUCAAAGAAUCGGGUUUGGAAUUCACUAUAAUCCAGCAGAAGUGUCAAAGCCAGAUUUUGAUGAUAAAAAGCAACAAUUAGUCUUAUGUUUUGUUACUAUGGAUAUGCAAAUUGUGUUCUUUAGAAUGAUGAUACAACCCUCAGGUGGUUUCUAUCCUUUAAUUGUAAUGACAAGGGCAGCUUCAAAGGUCUCCCUAGAUUUAGAGACAAAUCGUGACCUAGGUCAAGAAAGUACACGUUCCUUGCUAGAUGAUUUGUACCAAAAAAAAUUGACAGAUGCUCAACAUAUGAUACAAGUAGACAAUGAAUACAGAGAAUUAAAUAAAGAUAUGUUCAGGAAGUCAGAUGAUGUUGAGCUUGUGGUGGGGGAGAGCUAUUGUGAAGUCAGUGUCCCCAAGGACAAGAGAAGAAUUCAUGUGAUACAGUUCAAUGACAGUCUAACCAUAGAACAUUCAUACUUUUGUGCUCAAAUUGUUAAACUAAAUGAAGAUUCUGUGAUAAGCAUAGGUAUUGGUGAUCAUAAAUUCCCACUAAAUAAACAUCCUGGUAAAUGUCCUCUAUCCACGGGAUAUGUGUCCCGUGACGGGAAAAUGUACUGCAACGAAAAGGCAAAUGGCAAUAUAGAAGGUGAAAGAUUUAAUGAAGGUGAUAUUGUUGGUGUAGAUGUAACUAUCUUUAAUGAUAAUGGAGACUCGGUAGUUUUAUUUAUAAAAAAUAAUCGUCCUGUUGGGAUGCGUUAUGUAACAAUUAAACAUGAUGAAUUAUUACCAACAAUAUCAUUGUGCGGGAAUGGUUAUGAUGUGAAACUGAACGUCUUCUGGCAGAAUCGACUUUCAGAGGGACCUAAUAUACAUGUAUUUUGUAACCUAGGAAACUGGUGUUUGCCACCAGACAGUAAAAUAGAUGAGCAAACAAAUAUAGUUACAGUCAAGGACCAUCUGAAACCUGUCUCGUUACAAUGUCCAGCACAUUUAAAUGAAUUUUUCAAUCAUUUUGAGAUUGAGAUAUUAGAUGAGUUUGGAAAUGGUAACCCCCCUCCACCAAUCAUAGCCUUGACGGCAGCUGCGACUAGUGAUAAUCAAAAAGAUAUAAAUUCAAACUAUAGAAUUGAAUACCUCAGGUUCUGGGCUGUUGGAGAAGCGGAGAAGUCAGUGAAGGUCGGGGAUUUAGUUGGUUGGGGUAUGUUAAUGCCUACAUCCCAGAUCGAUAAAGUCGACAGAAUGGUGAUAUGUUACCUCACAAUAAAUCGCAAUAUAGCAUUAACACGAGUAAUGUUUGAACCUCCUGGCGGCCUCUAUCCCAUAGUCGUACUGCCUACAGAUGUGAAUAGAGUGAAACUUGAAUUUUCUGCUGUUCAUAUAACAGAGCAUCCAAUUUCUGAUGAACUCGUAGAAAAUCUGUUGUCAGAGGCAGAGGACAUUUAUGAACGAGAACAAGAAUUCUUACGCACAAAUAAAAAUAAAGACAUUGAUGACUUUGAUAUAGAUAGAUCAGCAUUAUUAAAACCACUUCCGCAGCAGACGGAUAAAAAUUCUGACGGAGAAACAGACAAACAUACAGAGAAAAAUGAACCUCAAUUAAGAAAUGUUGUAAUGAAAGCCAAAGGUGUAGAUAGUGUUCAAAAGGCAGUGAAAAAUUACAGGAAUAAUAGUCAAACAGAUAACCAAUCCAAGGCUUGUGUGAUUUUAUGAUACCAGAUUUAUAUACGAGUUUAGCUAGGUCAAAUUUUACUUAUUUAAUAAAACAUUGGUGGGUUAAUUAUGUAAUUUCUGAUGAUGAUCAUCAGGUUACUGUAAUAUGAGAUUAUUUUUUUCAGAUCUGUAGUGAGGAGGAUUUGCUUGAGGUUGAAUAAUUUGCUUGAGGUUAAAACAGUUUUGGGUUGGGCUUUUUGUGUUGUUUAUUUGUUUUUUUGUUAAUCAAAAUACCAUCAGUUUCCAAAAUUAGAUCUCACAGACAAUGCUUUUAAUGCAUAAUCAUUUACUAGCAAAUUUUUUUAACUUGUGAAUGAAACUUGAUUUUCAUUUCACAAAUAUAUAUUUUUAUUCAGGAACAUUUCACUAAUAUAUAUAUACGAGGGUUGUCCCAAAAGUCUGUGACAAAUUUGAUAGACAGUUCAUUUUUAACGCCAAUAGAUAAUAAUUCACACAUAUAACCGUUAAGUUUAUUAUUUAACAUUACAACAAAUCAUUUACAAAAUAUUUACUCUAGUUACUUAGAAAUUUUCAGUAUUAACGACAUUGGUUUGAGUUGCCGGCGCACGUCAAAUAAUUUGCAUUUUGUUAUGAAAAGGCUAAAAUUAAUAACAUAUAUUUCAAAUAUCUGAUGAUGUGUCUGCACAAUGUCAAGUUGACUUCCUCUGCUGCUAUGUUUAC